AUGCUCCCUCCAAAUGCUGCCGCAUUGUCGAUGCGAAUAGCGAAGCGAAUUGCACGAAGUGGUGUAUGUUCCAGACGUGAAGCAGAGCGCUGGAUCGAGAUGGGUCGGGUCACUCUUAACGGUAAAGUUAUUACUUCGCCCGCAAUCAAUGUCACACAGCAGGACAUAAUUCAUGUCGAUAAUAAGCCGCUUUCUCCAAUUCAGCGAACUCGCGUGAUUAUAGCAAACAAAUUAGACGGAGAGCUGGUUACAACGUCGGACAGUCAGCAUCGUCUCACCAUCUUUGAUCGAUUGAGAAAAACGGGACUCGAAUGUCACAUCAUGCCAGUCGGACAGCUGGAUUUUCACACAGAAGGGUUGUUGCUGUUGACGAAUGACGGAGAUUAUGCGAGAUAUCUGGAGCAUCCGUCUAAUGCCAUUCCUCGGCGAUAUCGGGCGAAAGUGUACGGGAGGUGGGAUGACUCCAGAGUCUUGGCCUUGAGUCACAGCAACAUUAUUGAUGGAAAGAGGUACAAGGGGUGCCUCGUCAAGCGUGAUUUAGAUCGUUCAUCGGCGAAUGCGAUGGAACACUGGUGCACGAUUCAAGUGACGGAAGGCAAAUACCAUGAAGUGAAGAAUUUACUGGGAUUUGUCGGUCUGAAUGUGGAAAAGCUUGUGCGUACCAAUUUUGGCGCCUACUCGUUGGGAAAUCUUGUCCCUGGAGAAUUCAGAGAGGUGAAGCCGAUUCCUACUUCUCGAGUUGCUCGAAUACCCUAUUUUGAUUUUUCUUGGAUUGUUUGUUUGGAUGGAAAUGAAGUUCGAUUAAAGGAAUGGUAA